UAUGGAACAUCGGUUCACCGCGACGGGCUCAAGUCAUUGGAGUUCCGUGGGAAACAAAGAUCGGAUGAUUCCCCACAGUUCAUUGCGUCGGCCAGGAAAACGAGUGCAACACAGAUCUUGUCCACUGAUAAUUGCCCUGAUACUUACAUUAAUCGCAACCGCAUUUUUCCUGCCCAGACUUUUCUGGAAUGGCUUGCCUUCGAAUCUGUUUCUUCCAGCGGACACUCCGCCCACUAUAAAAAUUAUCAGUGAUAAGCACGACAAGGUGUUCGCUACGGGUUGCCUAUCCGUUACUUAUGAGAUUCAGAGAUCUGCUCGUAUGAACGCUGCUUUCGUUGUCCUCGUGAGAAACCAGGAAUUAGAUGGAAUAUUACAAUCUAUCAGGUCUAUUGAGAGACAUUUCAACCAGUGGUUUCACUACCCAUAUGUCUUUCUGAACGACGCCGACUUCGACGAGGAAUUCAAAGCAAAGAUCAAGAGACAUGUCAGCGCUCCUGUGGAGUUUGGUAAAGUCGAAAGCACUCUCUGGGACUUUCCAGAUUGGGUCGAUCCCGAGAUUGCCAGGGAGGGCAUUCAAAAACAAGGUGAUGCUGACAUAAUGUAUGGUGGAAUGGAAAGCUACCAUCUGUUGCAAUUUUACAAACAUCCGCUGCUGUUGAAAUAUGAAUGGUACUGGCGCUUGGAGCCCGAGAUUAAGUACUUUUGUGACAUCACAUAUGACCCCUUUGUCAAAAUGGCCGAGGCAAAUAAGACCUACGGGUUCACUAUCGCCAUCAAAGAGCUCCAAGAGACAGUUCCGAACCUCUUCCGAUAUGCAUCGGCAUACAAACGCACGAAAGGUAUCAAGUCCAAGGGUCUCUGGGAGAUGUUUUUAAAUCGACCGUCAGGAAUAAAAUUGCCUUCCUCGGAGGACGAGAAAUGGAAUAGUCUUCCUGAGGAUAUCACUAUGUUGGAUUCCGAUCAUGUUCAUUCGGAUGAAAUCUGUCCGGAUGCCAUGGAGGGAGAGUCCUACAACUUGUGUCACUUUUGGAGCAACUUUGAAAUCGCACGCCUGGAUUGGUAUCAGAGCAAGGAAUGUCAAGAAUUUUUCGAAAUGAUGGAGAGAAGCGGUGGAUUUUGGAUGGAGCGAUGGGGUGACGCGCCCAUUCACUCACUCGCCGCCGGUAUUCUUCUUUCACCUGAUGAUGUUCACUACUUCCGUGAUAUUGGGUACCGUCACACCACUAUUCAACACUGCCCUGCUAAUGCGCCAGCUCGACAAUUGCCUCGCGCUCCUUUUCUUGACCAAACCAUAGAAGAUGAAAAGGAGCGUUUGGAGGAAGACGAAUACUGGGCUAAUUUUGACUCGGUCCGGGAGAACGGCGUUGGCUGUCGCUGCAGGUGUGACACUGAUGUCGUCGAUGCCGAAGAUAAAGAGGGUUCCUGUUUUGCCGAAUGGGUGGAUGUUGCGGGGGGAUGGACCUCUCCAUGAAACAUGAAAUACAUAGUUAUUCACAUGCAUGCUCUCACAUACGAUCUUGACCCUUGCGUGUGCCUAGGA